AUGGAUCGUCCUGCCAAGCGUCAGCGAUCAACGGAAUUCAAAGCCCAUGCACCUGAAUCACUACAGCGAUCCAUAAGCCCCCCAAGAAAGAGGGCCCGCAAACCAGCUACGAUACAAUCUCCUUGGCAGUUGACAUGGAUUCAAGAUCUCCCAGAAAACGAGAACAAGGAUGCAGUGAGCCUUCGGGACUUAUUAGGCGAUCCCCUCAUCUCAGAAUGUUGGGAGUUCAACUUCCUGCAUGACAUCCCCUUUUUGAUGAAUGCAUUUGAUCCUGACACACGCCACCUUGUCAAUGUUCAUUUGGUUCAUGGCUUCUGGAAACGUGAAGAUGAGAACCGCAUAGCGUUGGAGAAUGCAGCUGCAGAAUUUAAGAAUGUCAACAUUCAUGUUGCUCCUAUGCCCGAGAUGUUCGGGACCCAUCAUUCGAAGAUGAUGAUUUUAUUUCGACAUGAUGACACUGCCCAGAUUAUCAUUCAUACCGCCAACAUGAUCCCAAAAGACUGGACUAACAUGACCAAUGGUGUAUGGAAAUCUCCAUUGCUUCCCAAAAUGUCAAACAUUCAAAGCCUUAUGUCCUCCCCAGAUGACUUCCAUGUCGGUAGUGGAGAUCGCUUCAAAAUCGAUCUUCUAAACUACCUGAGGUCUUACGACAAGCGCAAGAUCAUCUGCAAGCCUCUAAGCGACAGGCUCGAAGAAUACGAUUUCUCGACUGUCAAGGCCGCGCUCAUCGCAAGUGUUCCGGGCAGGCAUAAUGUGCACGAUAUGUCGGAAACAUCUUGGGGCUGGGCCGCUAUGAAAAGAUGCCUGCAGCAUGUCCCGUGUCAUCAGCAUGGUGAUUCAGAUAUUGUCGUGCAAGUAUCUUCAAUCGCCACACUAGGGCCAAAAGAUGAUUGGCUACAAAAGACCCUUUUCGAUCAUUUGAGUCGCUGUAAGAAUACGGGUCUCGGGCGGCCCAAGUUUAAGGUUGUGUUUCCUACGGCAGAUGAAAUACGACGGUCACUGGAUGGAUAUGCGUCAGGUGGUUCUAUACACACAAAGAUUCAAUCACCACAACAAGCAAAACAAUUGGAAUAUCUCCGCCCAAUCUUUCAUCAUUGGGCCAACGAUUCGUCUAACGGCGCCAAACUUCCCAACAGUCCUUCGCAUGAAAGUGGCCGCAAGAGGGCAGCGCCACAUAUCAAGACCUAUAUUCGAUCAAAUAAGUCAUCCAUAGACUGGGGCCUUCUCACAUCGGCCAAUAUCUCGAAGCAGGCCUGGGGCGAAGCAGCUGGUCCCACAGGCGAGAUGCGUAUCGCAUCAUGGGAGGUUGGGGUGUUGAUAUGGCCAGAGUUACUCGAGCCAGGCUCGGUCAUGGUAGGUGCCUACAAAACAGAUGUGCCGGAAGUCGCACAAAACUCAAAGGAAGACGAAGAAAGUCUUCCCGUGGUUGGAUUACGAAUGCCGUACAACACUCCAUUGCAACGCUACACGAGCGACGAGGUACCUUGGGUCGCUUCAAUGUCACAUACAGAGCCUGACUGGGCGGGGCAGUUUUGGGGUUGA